GCCGCAGCAGCAGCAGUGGCAGCAGUAGCGGCACUGCUUUCUCCCUGUCUAACCUAAACAAUGACGGCUACACAGCGGAGAGGAGCUCGCCAAUAGAAUGAUUUACCGGACACCGAACCUUUGCUUUUCGCCGCUUUUCCUCCCGAUCACUUAAAUGUGCCCCGCGUAAACAUGUGGAUACCUACGGAACACGAAAAAUACGGCGUCGUGCUGGCCAGUUUCCGAGGGACCGUCCAACAUGGCCUCCCACUGGAAAUUGGAGACACGGUGCAGAUUCUGGAGAAAUGUGAAGGCUGGUACAGAGGAUUCAUCUUGAAGAACCCCAAUGUCAAGGGGAUCUUUCCGGCCAACUUCAUCCACUUGAAGAAUGCCCACAUCAAAAACAAAGGCCAAUUUGAGAGUGUCAUUCCCGUGGAGGACACCGUUAUCACAGAAAUGACUUCCACUCUCCGAGACUGGGGCGCCAUGUGGAAACAGCUCUACGUGAAAAAUGAGGGUGAUUUGUUCCACCGUCUUUGGCACGUGAUGAACGAGAUCCUGGACCUGAGGAGGCAGGUGCUGGUGGGGCACCUCACCCACGACCGCAUGAGAGACGUCAAACAGCACAUCACAGCACGACUGGACUGGGGCAAUGAGCAGCUCGGGCUGGACCUGGUGCCGCGGAGGGAGUUCAGCAUGGUGGACCCAGAGGAGAUCAGCGUCACAGAGCUGUACAGACUGAUGGAGCACAGGCACAGAAAAAAGGACAGCGCAGUCCCUGCCAGCACCCACCACUUGUUCGUCCACGUCAAGAGCCUGAUGAGCGCCAACCUGGGAGAGGAGCUGGAGGUCUUUUUCCACAUCUACGACGGAAGAGAAAACCGACCACUCAGUGAACGCUUCUUUGUCCGACUGAAUAAGAGCGGGUUGCCCAAGUCGCCGGAGAAGACGGAAAGACAAUGCACGCUAUUUGUGGAUUUGGGAAGCAGCGAUCUGCGAAAGGACGUCUACAUUGUUGUUCACAUGAUCAGAAUAGGGAGGAUGGGAGCAGGAGAAAAGAAGAAUGUUUGUAGUGUACAGUACAGGCGUCCGUUUGGUUGUGCAGUCGUGAGCAUCGCUGAUCUGCUCACAGCUGACUCCAAAGACGAUCAUCUGCUCAAGGUUUAUGCGUGCAACACGGAGAGCGAGUGGUACCAGAUCCACGAGAACAUCAUUAAAAAAGCCAAUUCCAGAUACAACCUGUCUGGCUCCAACACCGGUCUGGCGGUUGCUCUGCAGUUACUCCACGGUGAUAUAGACCAGCUGAGACGUGAAUACAUGGUGCUGUUUACUCGGGGAGUGUCCAUCACAAGAAAACUGGGCUUCUCCGACGUUAUUAUGCCAGGCGAGAUGAGAAAUGACCUUUAUAUCACUCUGGAGAGGGGCGAGUUCGAGAAGGGAGGAAAAAGUGUUGCCAGGAACGUGGAGAUUACAGUGUACGCUCUGGACAUCGAUGGACAGAUACUCAAGAGUCAGGUGGCGGCUGGGUCAGGAGAACCAGGAGCAGACGAGUACCACUCUCUGGUGCUGUACCACAACAACAGCCCCCGCUGGGCAGAGCAGAUCAAACUGCCCAUCCCUGUGGACAUGUUCAGGGGAUCCCACGUCCGCUUCGAGUUCAGACACUGCUCAGCUAAAGACAAGGGGGAGAAGAAGCUGUUUGGAUACUCGUUUGUGCCUCUGAUGCAGGAGGACGGCCGGACGCUUCCAGAUGGAACCCAUGAGCUCAUUAUACACAAGUGUGAGGAGAACACGAGUUUGGCCGACUGCUCACGUUACCUGAAGAUGCCCUUCUCCAAAGCCAACCUGCCCUCCAACAACCAGACCUUAAAAGGGACCAAGGAGUCUUUCUGGAUCACCAGCUUCCUCUGCUCCACCAAACUCACACAGAACGGCGACAUGUUGGACCUGUUGAAGUGGCGUGCUCACCCUGAACGCAUCAACGACAGCCUGUCAAAGCUCAAGGAGAUCGAUGGCUCCGAGAUUGUCAAAUUCCUUCAGGACACACUGGACACUCUGUUUGGAAUUCUGGAUGAAAGCAGCUCAAGAUAUGGACUCAAGGUUUUCGAUUCGCUGGUUCACAUAAUCAACCUCCUCCAAGACAGUAAAUUUCAACAUUUUAAACCCGUCAUGGACACCUACAUCGAGAGCCACUUCGCUGGAGCUUUGUCGUACAGGGACCUGAUCAAAGUGUUCAAGUGGUGGGUGGACCGCAUCGUGGACGCAGAGCAUCAAGAUCACAUCCAGCAGGUGCUGAAGGCCAGCGAGUAUAUCUUCAAAUACAUCAUCCAGUCACGGCGUCUCUUCUCUUUGGCCACCGGGGGGCAGAAUGAGGAGGAGUUCAGAGUCUGUAUCCAUGAACUCUUCAUGUCCAUCCGCUUCUUCCUCUCCCAAGAAAACAAAGGCACAAGUCCAGUCGCACAAACUCAGGCUGUUUUCCUUCGGACAUUCCCUGCGGUGUAUGGAGAGUUACUGAAGAUUUUUACAGUGAGGGAAGUGGCUGGUUUCGUCAGGGAGACACUGGCGAGUUUGCCUACCACUGUUCAAGCAGAGUGCCCCCUAGAGACCAUCAAACUGCAGUGCAUUGCUAAGACAGUGGAGAGCCAGCUGUACAUCAACCCAGAGUCGCGAUGCAUCUUGUUGCCGGUGGUGCUCAGACUGCUCCAUGCACACAUGAAGGAGCAGAGGGACCUGGUGAUGUGUGCACGGAUCCUCACCAGCAUGUUGUCUCUCAUAAAGAAGGAAGAGAAUGGAACCACAGAGCCAGUGGUCUCGGAGGAGGUACAGCUAAUUGUGGAGAGCCUUCUGGAAGUUUUAAUGAGGACCAUUCUGGAAAUCAGCAACCGCCCCCAGCCCGCCGGCCCUUCCAUGAGACUGCAGUUUCAAGAUGUCACAGGGGAGUUUGUGGCGUGUUUAUUGGCUCUUCUCCGACAGAUGAGUGACAGACAUUACCAGCAGCUGCUCCAGGCCUUCAGCAGUAAAGAUGACCUGAGGGACUUCCUGUUGCAGAUCUUCACUGUCUUCAGGAUCCUCAUUCGACCAGAGAUGUUCCCGAAGGACUGGACGGUGAUGCGGUUGGUCACUAACAAUGUCAUCAUCACAACAGUCCUGUAUCUGUCCGAUGCUCUGAGGAAAAACUUUUUAAAUGAUAAGUUUGACUACAAGGUGUGGGACUCCUAUUUCUAUCUAUCGGUAAUAUUUAUCAACCAGCCCUGUCUGCAGCUUGAGUCCUUCUCUCCAUCCAAACGGAAGAAGAUACUGGAAAAGUACGGAGACAUGCGGGUGAUGAUGGGCUGUGAGAUUUUCAGCAUGUGGCAGAAUCUUGGUGAGCACAAGUUGAACUUCAUCCCGGCCAUGAUUGGUCCAUUCCUGGAGGUGACUCUGGUUCCUCAGCCCGACCUGCGGAACGUCAUGAUCCCCAUUUUCCACGACAUGAUGGACUGGGAGCAGAGGCGCAGCGGCAAUUUCAAACAGGUGGAGUCUAAGCUCAUCGACAAACUCGACAGCCUCAUGUCCGAAGGCAAAGGAGACGAGACGUACAGAGAGCUCUUCAACAGCAUUCUCUUGAAGAAGAUCGAGAGGGAGACCUGGAGAGAGAGUGGGAUUUCUCUGAUCGCGACUGUCACAAGACUAAUGGAGAGGCUGCUGGACUACAGAGACUGUAUGAAGUUGGGGGAAGUAGAUGGCAAAAAGAUUGGAUGUACUGUGAGUCUACUGAAUUUCUACAAAACUGAGCUGAACAAAGAGGAAAUGUACAUCCGCUACAUCCACAAACUCUACGACCUGCACUUAAAAGCACAAAAUUACACAGAGGCUUCAUACACUUUGCUGCUUUACGAUGAGCUGUUGGAGUGGUCUGACCGGCCGCUCCGCGAGUUCCUGAACUACCCCAUGCAGAGCGAGUGGCAGAGGAAAGAGUUUCUGCAUCUCACCAUCGUCCAGAACUUUGACAGGGGAAAGUGCUGGGAGAACGGGAUCAUCCUCUGCAGAGAGCUGGCAGAUCAGUACGAGUCCUUUUAUGAUUACAGAAAUCUGAGCAAGAUGAGGAUGAUGGAGGCUUCACUGUACGACAAGAUCAUGGACCAACAGCGGCUGGAGCCUGAGUUUUUCAGAGUCGGUUUCUAUGGGAAGAAGUUUCCUUUCUUUUUACGGAAUAAGGAGUUUGUUUGCCGUGGCCAUGACUACGAGCGCCUGGAGGCUUUCCAACAGCGGAUGCUCAACGAGUUUCCCCACGCUAUCGCCAUGCAGCACGUGAACCAGCCCGACCAGACCAUCUACCAGGCUGACGCGCAGUACCUUCAGAUCUACGCUGUGACUCCCAUCCCGGAGAGUCAGGAUGUGCUGCAGAGAGACGGUGUUCCUGACAACAUCAAAAGCUUCUACAAGUUCAAUCACAUCUGGAGGUUCAGAUACGACCGGCCGUUCCACAAGGGCAGCAAAGACAAGGAGAAUGAGUUCAAGAGCCUGUGGGUGGAGCGGACGACACUGACGUUGGUGCAAAGUCUUCCAGGAAUCUCCCGCUGGUUUGAAGUGGAGAAGAGGGAAGUGGUGGAGGUGAGCCCUCUGGAGAAUGCCAUUGAGGUGAUAGAGAACAAGAACCUGCAGCUGCGCACUCUGAUCACUCAGUGUCAGAACCGACAGAUGACCAACAUCAACCCCCUCACCAUGUGCCUCAACGGGGUCAUCGACGCCGCGGUCAACGGGGGCCUGGCACGAUACCAAGAGGCCUUUUUUGUCAAGGACUAUAUUAUGAACCACCCAGAGGACGGAGACAAGAUUGGACGACUGAGGGAGCUUAUGUUCGAACAGGCUCACAUCCUGGAGUACGGACUUGCUGUCCAUGAGAAGUUCGUUCCUCAGGACAUGAGGCCUCUGCACAAGAAGCUGGUGGACCAGUUCCACCUGAUGAAGUCCAGCCUGGGCAUUCAGGAGUUCCCCCCGUAUGUGCGUGCCAGUCCCGUGCACUUCACCAAUGGCAGCCCUCGCACCUGCCGCAACUCUGUGCCCAACAUCAUCAGCCCCGACGCGGGCAGAGGGGUCACCAGGCGCAGUCCUCUCAGUUACCCAGCUGUGAACCGCUACUCCUCGUCCUCCCUGUCGUCUCAGGCCUCAAACGAAGUCAGUAACAUCACAGGGCAAUCGGAAAGUUCUGAUGAAGUUUUCAACAUGCAGCCAAGUCCAUCUACCUCAAGUCUCAGCUCCAACCACUCUGCCUCUCCGAACGUGACCAGCUCGGCUCCGUCUAGUGCCAGAGGUUCUCCUCAAAUGGCUGAGAAACACAAGCAUUCCAGAGAAAACGCCUGUCUGUCUCCACGGGAAAGGCCGGUCAGCGCCAUCUUCCCCAACCCGCUGGACCCUGCUCAGAGAGCACCUCCUCAUCAAAUAGGAGACAACACUUUACCAAGAAGUGACCCCAACCUCUCAGCACCAGACAAAGUGAGGCCCACCCCCAGUAGCUGGAGCCUAGACAGUGUCAAAGAGGGAAGUCCGUAUUUCUCAGAGACUAUGGGCAGACAGGUUUGCCCUCCUGUCCCUCCUAGGCCACCGUACACAGUUUCGGCGAAAAACACAAGGUCGCAGUCCCCGGCUCCCAACUCAAGAUCCCCACAAAAGAGCACAGUGCCCCCGUUCACGCCCUCUCCCACCGAGUGCCAGUCCUCCAGCCUCGUCUCCAGCUCCCCGGUCCUGUCCGGAAGCUACAGCAGUGGCAUCUCCUCCCUGAGCCGCUGCAGCGUCUCUGAGGCGUCCGGCACCGAGCUCCCCACGUCCGACAUUCACCCCCCGCCGCACCCGCUGGCCCCGCCCACCACCCUCCCCACCUCCAUCUCCAGCAGCUCCGACGAACCCAUACGGCGAGAGAACAAGACCCCGCCCCCUUACAGCGUCUUCGUGAGGGACAACCCGCGCAGACCUGUGCCGCUGCCUCACAGUCUCUCCAUCCCGCCUCAGACAGACCCCCCAGCGCUGCCCCCCAAACCGCACCAGCUCCGCACCGGGAGUAUGAAGCUGGACGCCUCUGAUCCUCGCGUGCCACGACCAAGACCUCUGCCCAGGAAAGUGUCACAGCUAUAGGUGCUGGUUCAGGUUACCUCCAGAUGGGCAUGGGAAUACACUGGGAUUAUUUGCACUUUUUUUACCCGGCACUCUUUUUAAUUUGGCAUUCCUACACUUCAAUAACGGACAGGUGGCUGAUCUAGACUCAAAACUUCUAAUAAUCAACAUUUUUGUAGGGGGCAUUGACUCUGCACUUUUAGCUGUAGUAUGUCAUUUUACAGUGAUUUCAAUACAUUUACUCAGAACAAUUUUGAGGAACAAAGUUGUAAUAAUCUAUAUGUAUAUUGGUAUAUAUGGAAAUUGUUUUGCCUUAAGUAUUGCAAACAGAGUCUUUUAUCAGUGAGUAAUGCACGUUAUGUUUCUUUUUUUAAUGAUAACUGUACAUUGUAUAUUGUAUGGCAAAAAAAGGUGCUAGAGGCCUCGAGUAUGCAUUUCAGUAAAGUGUAGUAGAUAAGGGGUGUGCUUCUGUGUUCAUAUCCGCACGAGUAAUGGUCGAAAAUAACCCAAAGAAAAGAGAAUUAUAUAAGAUCUUGGAAACAAUUUUAAAUGUUGUCAGCACUAGGCUUAAAGGGUAUUGUUCAGGUUCACAUGUAGAAUUGUUAGUAGCUAUGGUUACAUGCACACCAAAAGCAUUAUUAUCUGAUUUCUGGACUUUUAAGAUUAUUUAAAUGACUUCAGAGCCACAGCGACUGAUGUGCGUAAUAGUGUUGUCAUGCUCGAUUUCGAUACUAAGGGAUAGACUCAAUACUCAAUAAUGAUUCUGUUCACGAUAAUAAUAAAAAAACAUGCUUUAUUUUGACAAGAGAUGUGAUUUUCAACUUUAAAUAAUAGUACUUUCUAUCUGCGUAAUCCCUCAGUCGUCCAGGUUGGUUCCAUAGUGGUCCGUGGGCGUAUACGAGUCUAUGUGCUCUUUUAUUUGUUCUGAUACAUCUCAAGAUCACUCUAAAGCAGGGGUCUCCAACCUUUUUCCUCUGGUGAGCUACCUUUAUGAAGUGAAAAUGCCAGAGAGCUAUUCAUUUUAGCGGUCGCAAGAAGUUGAGAAAGUAGAAGAGCUGUGGCAAGCUUUAGACAGUACAGUUAGAUGCCUAUUAAACAUGAACCAUUAUCUAUUUAUUAGUGUACACGUUAGGCAUGAAAAUAAUACAUUUACUAUGGUAAUUAAUCAGAUUUGCGUUAAUAAGCACAAUACAUAUAAUUCAGAAAUCUUUUGGCGAGCUAUAUGGAAGGGGGUGGAGAGCUAGAGGUAGACCCUGAGUUACAGGUUGGAAAUCCUGUUUUAAAGCUUUUCAGGAAAGGUUCAUUUUUUGUCCUGUAAAAGUGACUUUUUUACAUACGUUUUUAUUUUAUUUAUAAAGCGCUUUUCACAGAAAUAUGUCACAAAGACGCUUUACAGAACAGAACAGAACAACCUCCACCAUCAUCACUCACGCACACGCCACUUUCAUACUAGGCAAUGUGGGUGAAGUGCCUUGCCUAAGGACACAACAAUACAGCAGUAGCUCAGUUGGUAGAGCAUUCGCCCAAUGAUCCGAAGGUUGGCGGUUCAGCUCUCAACAUAAACAUCACGGGUUGAGCGGUCAGAUCCCCUGACCCACAGGUUGGCUGGUGUGAUCCCACCUCCCACAGAUGAAUGCUGUUGUUGUGUCCUUGGGCAAGACACUUAACCCACCUCACCCAUGUGUGUUUGAGAGCCUUGAAGGUGGAAAAGCGUGGUAUAAAAAUGUGACCAUUUACCAAACAACUUUUUUUUUUUUUGCGACUAGCGCCCCACUGUGGCACCUGGAAUUCCCUGCGGUCUCCCAUCCAACCAGUACUUAGCUUCUGAGAUCUGAUGGGAUCAGGCUUGACAAGCUGGAAUUAUGACAUAACUUUUUUAGUAUCAAUACUUCUUCAAAUUAGUGUCUAGUUUUGAUACUAGUUUAGCAUUGAUUAGUGUCUGAUAUUCGAUACCUUUGACAACCUUAAUGAGUUAUCAGAGGGACCAUGAAUAGAAAGAAAUCAAGUAAUUUUGCCGUUAACGUUUCAUCCUAAUCGUCUUAUAACAAAACUCUGAUAACAAUGUGAUUUUGAGUGUGCGUGUAACCAAAGCCAGUGUUUCAAGCUAAUUGCUGCCUUACCAACACUGCCCUAUCUCUUUUUAAAUAAUCGAGUAUUUUCCUAUAAUUACCAUCACAACAUGCCCAGGCCGGUAACAAAGGCUGCACGUGCAUGCCAUUUUACCAUUACUAUUGUGAUCAGUGUGUGGAAGCCCCCCCUACCCUCUCUGCAUGAUGUACGUGACAAAACACAUUUUAGGGGUAGAGUUACCAAGUACUGUGCCAAAGGAUCAUGUACAAUGCGCUGUAAAGAGAUAUUCAACAUUUUAAUUUGAGACCUAAAAUCUAUAACUCAUUUCUGUGCCAGUUAUUGUAUCAAAGUAACAGUUAUAAACAUGAGCCACUGAUCAAGUCUAGAAAAUUUACUAGUAGAAAGCACAAAUAGUCAAACUGCUGCACUACAAAAAACUAAAAUCUUGCAAUGUUAAACUUGAAUUAAGAAGUUAUAUUGAUUUGAGUAAAAGAAUCUACCAGUGGAGCAAGUCUUUUUGGAGUUGUUCCAUCUUUUGUAGGAAAAUACAUCUAGUUACACUGAAGAAAAACAUCUCUUUGUACAUAAAGCUGCACUGUGUAACUUUUCUAGUGGAUGCUUUGCCACCUUCUUCUCCCCAUGUUUCACCUUGAUUAUUCCACACUAUGGAAAUAAACUUUAUAAUCACAAUGGAGACAGGUUGAUGGUCAGAUCUAUGGAGAAGCAAGCCCGCGCAUGGUAAAAAUGUAUGUUUUUCAAGAUAUUUUUGAGUUACAAAACACCUGUAACUGAACAAAUGCAAGGCAAAUUCUAGUAUGUUUAAUGCCCUACUGUGGAACAUCUAUCGCAAAGACUUAACAUCUCCAUGGAGACGAGCAAGUGGCAGAUCCUCCACCUUAGACGUUACAUAGUGCACCUUUAUGUUGUUUGAAUUAAGAAAAACAAUACAAAACAAAACAAAAAAAAACUUUUUCCAUUGGUAGAUAAUUUUACUUGUCAAGUAAAAUCUCAAAUCAAGUUAAAUCUUCUUAAUUUGAGUCACUGGAUUUUAUUUAGGUAUUACUUUUUGCAGUGUACUUGUAUUAAGAACAAUACUGUUGUUACAAAAUGUGUAGUAGUAAACACAAAGUUAUUUAGGAUGGAGUUACGAUGAAGUUGUCAGCACAUACUUAGCGAGGACUUUUUUUGUUUUAUCAGCCAGUCGCACGAUGGAAGAUUUUCAAACUAAUCAUUGUCAAAUAUAUUUGUAUAGUAAAGAUUUAAUUGUGUUUUAAUUAAAAGCGCUGGACGUGGGUGGACUACAGUGUCAGGAGUUGCCCCAUUUCGCCACAGUUAACGUCAAAGGCUGUGGCAAGCAGAUGUCAUGCUGUUUUGUAAAGUACAGAACAUUUUAACAAUGUUUUCAUGGAUGUUCAAUUCUGUGCAACUUUUUGAAGGGCAAAACUAGCUCAUUCUGUUUGUAUCUUUCAUUUUUGUAUGGGUAUUCUACUUUUUAAUUUCUUGUGAAUUUUUGGAGAUUCAAUGUUCACAUUAAUCAGUACUUGACAACCUGUAAAUUAUAUGAGAUUCAUGUAAGUAUGCCAAAUAUAAAAAUGUGUAUUGCAAUUAAUGUAAAUAUUGUGUUUUUAACAAAAUGUAGCUAUAACAAUUUACAGCUUUGAAUGUAAUGUUGAAGCAGCAAAUCAUUAUUAUAAUGUUCAAACUUUUAUGGUUUUGUGAGUGUAGAAAAACUAAGGUCACGCAUAAUGACACCUAACACAUUUACAAUUUCAAUAAAACUACCCAAUGUUAUAA